UGAUACCAGAUGAGGAUUUAGGUUUCUGGGUGCACAGUGAACCCUGGCUGCCUUUCCUCUUCCUCCUCUCAGCGCAUAUUGAGAAGCAUGCUUGUAUUUAAAUAUGGGUAUGAGCAGUCCGUGAUCUAAAUAGCCCAGAAGUAAAGUCCUGUUGCAACACGCACGACGUUUCUGAAUCAACCAUUGCACAAAGGUAUUUGCUUGUCUGUGCUGAUUCCUUCUGCUAAAGAUGGCUCAGACAUGGGCUGUUCUGGUUCCGCUCCUUUUCUUGCUAAUCAACCUGGUUGAAGGUUCAGCUUACAACAUGGUGAGUGUGGAGGCUGGUCAUGAGGCUGUGCUGAGUUGCCCUUACGACUCCAAGGUGUCUUUGCUAAUGGUGACAUGGAAGAUGAAAUGCAGCGCUUGCUGCUUGUUGGCCUAUAGGAGUGAUCGUAAUGAGACAAGACAGUUAAACUGCAGUGAGAGAGUGAUGUGGAAAUAUUCCCCUGAGAUUGACCCCGCUCUUCGUAUUUACCCUGUGAACCUUGGUGAUGAGAGAAAUUACACAUGUGAAAUUGCCAGCAGCACAGGGAAUUUUCUUUUUUUCUCUUCUUUGACCGUGAUAGUGCCUCCUACCAUGACUCUGACCCGUGACAAGAGCAGGGUGGCUGUCUGUCAAGCAUCUGCUGGAAAGCCAGCUGCUGAAAUCUCCUGGAUCCCUGCAAGUAAUCACAGCACUGAGGAAGAAGUCCAUCACCCCAACGGAACGGUGACCAGAGUGAGCUACAUAGGCUGGGUCAACAGCACGCAUCCCACUGUCACCUGCCUGGUUACCCACCCGGCUACAAACCAGACUCUGUCUCUAGACCUGUCAUACACUUCGUCAAGGCUUCCCUAUCUCCUGAUAGGAGGAUCUGCAAGCGUUGCUGCUGUCAGUGGUGUGACUGUAUGCUUGAUUUUCAGGCACAGAGAAAGUCUUUCAACGGCUGAGGGCAGCCAGAGGAGAUCUCUAGACAUAACAGCUGUGCACCUUGCCUCAUCAAACCAUUUUAAUUUCCUGACAUCCUGCUUUCAGCUUUCCGGUUACGUAAAUUGGCACAUAAGUCGGCAGCACCAUUUACAACUAAGAAAUUCAGGUCCACACCAUCACGUGAAAAAACAGAAAUGGAAGCCAAGCCUCCUGUCUUACCAGAGAUACAGCUCUUUGAAACAUUUGAAACUUCUAAAGACCGAGUCGGGGAAAUACCUACCUGAAUUUUGUUUGAAAAUGGACUCUGAGGUUUGUCAGACCUUCCAAACACUAAUGCAGCAGUAAGCAUACUCAAUUGCGUGUUUCCGAACUGCCUCUGCUUGCUCGUCGCUGGAGGAAACCAUCUCUGCUCCUUCAGUGUUCUUAGGCAUGAGGAUCUCCCAGUGCCUUUUAUUUGCACUUUCCUUUAUCACUUCUAAAUAGACGUGGGUGGUGGUGGGCAUCUACUGACACCUCUCCAGCCUUUCUUUUUAGUCAGAAGGGCACGAAGAGCGACUCCCUGCCUUAACGAAAAGUGCCUACAGUCCAUUUGUGCCUGCCGGGUAACCGAGCGGAGCCUCUCCUGUGGUGUUAAGUGUCAGUGAUGGGUCGCUCUCUCAGAGCUGUGUACAGCUUCUUCGUGUCAUCUGUGCAGAAGGAGACGCGCCAUUUCACGUAUGCAGCCUCUGGGAGAAAUAAGUGACAGAUAGCUCGGAAUUAGUGAAAGCAGGUUUUCAGCGAUGCUAGCUAGGAAAAGCGUUUUGUAGCUCUAGGGAAAUCCACAGCCGUGCCUUAUUCUCGGGAAGUGGUUCCCCAGUUCUGCUGGCCCACAGCUGGCAGUGCACAGUGGGCACGAUCCAGCAUCCUUUUUUGUUCUCCAUGUCAGCCAGGACCUUUCACAGUCACGGUGCUGUCAAGGAGUUGGUUGUGACUAGAAGUCUCUGAAAUAGGGGAGAAAUAGUUUCUUAGGGAACUGCCCAGCUGUGUCUAGGUCUAAACCUGGGUUCUUAGGCUGGUGUUGCUCAGUGUGACUGUUGAGCAUGGAUUGUUUCUGUGGACAACUACAGCAAUUUGGGUCUGCCUUAUUCAGACUCUGGACCAUUGCAGCCAGACCGAAGGAUGACAUGGCUGUCAAAAUUAAGGGAGUUAGGCUGUGGAGCAGUCUGCUUUUGGCAGUUAUGGUGCACGUGUGUUGUGAUUUUUUUAGGGUGCAAAGCAAGAACUUUUCUUAAUUCCUUUUCACCAAGUGAAAUGUUGAAGACUAAGGUCUAUUACAGAGAGACAGGGAGAUGAUAGUGCAGGGGGUAAAACCCUCUGGAGAAAAAUCACUGUGAUAACUAGCCCUGGCUGAAAAUCAUGGCUCCUAUGCUCAUGAUUUUAUUUUCCCCUUUAAUUUGUAUUUGGUGGAACUGGUCCAGUCACCUGCAGUUCACCCGCAUUUCCUUGAAAUGAAUUUGAUGUGCUGAAACAAGGUGCUCUGGCAAUGAGAUAGGUCCCUUUGUGCUGCAGGUACUUGGUGAAAUGGGCUCUCCUGGCAGUUCCACAGCUCUUAACAGCUACGUGGACUAUGGUUUGCUCGAUUUCUUAUUUCUGGGAUGGCCCAAGAGCCAGACCGGCUGCAACCUCUCAGCAAAUUAGCUUACAGCAUUGUAGUCUAGUCAGACUUUGAUCAUCACCUGUUUACUGCCAACAAAAAGCUUGAGUUAUCAACCCACGGCUCAGGCAAACCCAUGUGUUGCAGGCACUAACGGGCCUCAGCUGCCUAAUUGUUGUAUGUUCCUUCUGCAAUAAAAUUGGCCCUCAUGCUUUUCAAGCUCAUUGUGUAUGAUUAAUAAAACUUAUUAGGCCAAAGAGAAUAAUGUAGCUAGUGGGGGUGAUUGUAAGAAAGGCUGGGUCAUGAAUAAUGCUUGUAGGCAGAACACGAUCAUUGAACAAGCUCAGUUAAUUUUCGGCUCAUCUUUUGCAUGUGUUACAAUACUGGCACAAGCGGUAGGUAGCUUCAGACACGGAGUUUGCUUCUUUUUCAGCUGUUUGCAAUUCACUGGAGCUUUUGACCACAGGAGUAUGUAUUACAUCCAAGCUGUCAGCAGGUGAUAACUAUUCUAGGGGGCCUGUCAGCUCUGCGUUGUCUUGGAAAGGAGGAGGAUGGGAUUGGCCAAGCGGCGGGCCCGCGUGCGUACUGCGAAAGGAAGCCCUUGGUGCUUGGGAUAAGAGAGAGAGAUCUGCGAGUUGAGUGAUUUUGUAUGGAAACGGGGAGAGGAAAAUGGGAGAGACUGGAGAGGGGGACUGACAGAGGGGAACGAUAAGAUUAAGAGAGUGAGCGUGAUGUUGGGUCGUUGCAGCUUAAUACUUAACAGUGUGAUUAAUUGCUUUUUCCAUUCAUGCUGCCUGUCGCUGCGCACCUUAACCACUGAUCCUGACCGGAGAAGGACACACUUUUGUCAUGUGGGAAGCUCUCUGCACUCUUCUCUCAGGGUGGAAAACUAGGCACGGGCUUGGAUGGUUUCCUCUCUGCCCGUCAUCGCCCAAGGGCGCUGUGUGUGUCAUGCUUCUCUCACGAGCUGCACAUCGAAGGGCUAAAAUCCAUGAGAGACAGAGCUCGGGGGGGCGAGGGAAAGAAGGGGAAGACCGGGCACUGCUUCAGUGGCUCACCAGGGGUUUAACUCCUCCUCCGUCAGACGGGCUUGAGCUGCGCUCUCCCGGGCCGACUGCUGAGGCAGUGCCCGUUUCCCACCUGGAUUUAAUUUUGCAGUUGUUCUGUUGAGUGUUUUGGGAAUGAGGGGAAAAUCACUUAAAUAUUUUCUGUCAUGCUGAUUUUGUAAGGGGACAGGCAUCUUGGUGUAAUCCAAAGAAUAACCCAUAUUGCGUAUUUUGUCUCUUGUAGGAAUUUGGAAAAUAACCAACUUGAGGAUGUUUCUAUGAGUACAUUUACUAUGCUUUUUUCCUUAAUUGCAACAACACUUUUGGUGAUUUUUAUACUGAUUUUAUUUGCACUGAAAGCAAAUUUAAGCAAGGCAAAUAUUUUAGGCUGAAAACUUCCACGUAUUCUUCCGUGGCCUUGUCGAUAUGGCUAGGAAAAUGCUGUUUAUUGAAUAAUCAUUGUGAGAGAGCUACUAAAAGGCGAUCGGCAUUGGAGUGAGCUAUCUGUACAUUCUGACCAAUAAAUAAAUAAAGGUUGUGGAAGUGUAAGCUCCUGCUCCAGGGCUGUUGCACUGCCUUGCCACUGCUGUUUCAGACUGUUUAGUUGAAUGCACAGUUGAUUGAAUGUCACUUGUGCUUUUUAGCACUAGAUGUGAUUAUAGAUGAAAAUGCUCCCAUUUAUUGUGUGGACUUUCACUCAUAAUGUUUAUAGGGCACUCUUGGCAAUAGUCAUGCUGUCUGCUUUCUGAUUAAUCUAUGAGCAAUUUAUCUUCUGGUAAUAGCAGCUGUUGCGGUAUUGCCAAACAGUUCUUUAUUCUCUUUCUGUUCACUGAAUAUGGAAAAAAAAAAAAAAAGUUGACAAAAAGUUAUGUUUAGAAUCCCAUAAAUUGGAAGGUAACUUCACACUAUGAACAAGAUUUGUUAAAAAUCCCAGUUUUCAAGACCAGGAUUGAAAUGAAGAAGAUAAAUAAUUUUCCUGCAGACUUUGGAAAUGGGGCAAAUUUCCUAAGGGUACUUGCCAGUUCAGUGAAAACCUUGGUUUCCUAAGUUGGUAUUUCUUUCAGCUGUACUUUUUGGUCUAGCCUUCUUGGCAUCAUUUUUCAUAGCCUUUCUUCUCUGAUGAGAAAAUAAUACUUUCCUUGGUUGUCCUGUAAUAACUAUAAUACCUGUGGAAUAUUGUCCUGCUGGUUUUGAUGUCUUUGUGACUUGGUCCUUCUGUUUUUGUGAAGUCUUUUUUGUUAAUGUUAACUUGUCCUCAGCUACUUGACUUGGUGCCCACAAUCUGUAUGCAACUUUCAUGUGCUGGAGGCAGCGAAGAGCUCAUGAUUUAACCAGGUAGGACUUCUACUACAUUUCCUAUCGCUUCUCUGUCCUGGAAUAGUUUGUGUUUGUGCUCUUAAUGGUGCUUCUUUAAGCAAUUACUCACUUUUCUUUUCUCUUUAUUUCCUUAAAGUUGUCUCCUUAAUGCUUUCAUGCACUAGUUUUCUCAGUUUAUUGAUUUUUAUCUUCUCUAAGUACUUUGUUAUCCACUUCUCUUUCUGACAUCAAAUGCAACUGUAUUCUCCAUUCGGUUGCUUUAGUAGGUGACAGAUCCUCUCAAUGAAUUUUUUUCUUUAUAAGAUUUUUUUUUUUGUUGGGAGGAACAAUAGGCUUCAAAUUGUAACUUGUUUCAGAAUUUUCCAGUGCUUUUCACUGAACUUCUCUCUGCAUAUAUGCAGCAUUUUAUUUGUGCUUGGGUGACAUCUGUCUUGCAUUAUUAUGCAAAAACAUCAUAGCUAGUUGAUUUUUUUUCUCCAUAGUUUACAUGCCGCCUUGUACCACUCACAGCAACAAGCAUCCAGCUCAGCUUCACUGUAGCUUUCAUGGGAGCCUGACUGGUAAUUUGCCUCACAGUCGCACAGGUUGUACCCAAACCUCUGCAUCUUGCUCCUUGUCUUACCCCAGGAAGCUUCUGCAAGAACUUUUCAAGUCUGUUAACUGCUGUGUUCCUCCAGGAAAAAAUAUCCCAUCCCUCUGUCUUCUCUUUGCAAAAGAAAGGUACCCAGAGGUACCAGAGGGUACCCAGACCCUCUCUCAAAGUAAAAGCAUCUUGCUUGCAGAUAAACCUAAGAUUUAGGGACUGCCUAGAUGGGGUGUGUAGUGCUACAGGACAGUCACAGGACUAGCUCAAGUUGGAGUGUAUCUCCAUGGCUCUUCAAGAGUGGGCUGAUCAUCCUCCUCCUGAGUUAGCUAGAAUUACCAGCCUACAUUGAAUUUGGGGAUUUGCACUGAAUCCCAGGCUGGCAGAGUCAUGCUAGUGUAGUAUCCCUCUUCUCUGAAUGUAAGCCAGAUUUGUCUGUAUGACUGCUGUGCUCCAGUACAAAUUGCACGUAUUUGUUCUCGGACGGAUUUUGGCUUAGCUUCAUGGGGGAUUUUGAUUUUCUCCUCUUGUUCCUUGUUUGCAUCAGUUUAGAUUGAUUUAUAUCAGGACCUUAUAUUUUGUAAAUUCUUUCUUAUGUUUAAAUGGUACAAAACCUUCCGCCAAGUAGAUCCUAUCUGCAUCUUAGCACAAGGAAAACACAAAUGUAGAAUCUCAAGCAAUUAAUCUUUUCUUUUCCAGGUGAUAAUUCUGUCAAUUUCUAAAUGAUGCUUCAAGAAAUACCUGAUACUGGAGCAAUUCUGGCAACUCAGUUACUAUAAAAAGUCCAGCAACAUGUUGUGCAGAAAUAGGUUUAUUGUGCAAGACAGAGAGGGACAGCUGAUUUCCUAUGACAGAGGACAUCAGUGUAUGUUCAGGAUGGGCAGGGGAGGAUAGUUUUGUUCUGUAAUGUUUUGUGUCAACUGAUGAGACAGACAGUAGAUUUUCAUUGCUGUUGGACCACCUGUAGCAUCCUACAGGAUGUCAUGGAGUAUCUCUAUGGAGAUGUUCAAAGCCAGUCUGGACACAACCCCCAGCAACCUGCUCUAGCUGACCCUGCCUGAGCAGGGGCUUGGACUAGAUGCUCUCAGGAGGUACCUUCCAGCCACGGGUAUUCUGUGACUCUGUGACUAGUGCUAGGGUUCCUAGAUCCCAAACUAACAAAGAGUUCAUUCCAGCACAGGAUUGCCAGCUCUUCAUGUCUGUGCUUUGGAUAUGAGAGAAGAAUGUUGUGGGAGAUUGUUAUGCCUUGCGAGCCAGAUUCAGCAACUCAGGAGACAUUGUCUGAAGGCCCAGCUCCUCUGGGAAGUCAGUGGCCCUUUGCUUGAACGCUGACUUCUGAAGUAAGGACUUUGCUGUUUGUGAAGUGCUUUGUCUUUGCCUGAUCAGUGUUGCACACAGGGGAUGCUCCUCUGAUGGGAUGCACUGCAGGACAGGACUAGCAAUCGCUGUCUGCAAGUUGAGAGUUGUGCGGUACCCUUCCAGUCACAGUCAGGUUUUUUUCUUGUAACUGAGCAUGUUAGGCCUCCACACAGAUGCUCCUUGUCCUUGCUUUAGCUGACUGUGUCUCAGUAACGCCUCAGCUGAGCAGGACUUCCACACAGUUUUUGAAAAGAGGUCAGAAUAGGAGGAUACUUGGACUUCAAAAAUAUUUACAACUUUUAAAAAGAAACAAAUAUUAAAAGAAUGAGAAGGUGUAUUGCAUUUGCAUGGCAAAGUUUUGGUAGCUGGGGGACUGCAGGGGUGGCUUCUGUAAGAAGAUGCCAGGGCCUCCAUGCUGGACCAAGAUGGACCCACCGCUGGCCAAAGCUGACCCCAUCAGCAACGCUGGUGGUGCCUCUGUGAUAACAUAUUUAAUAAAGGGUAAAAAAAUGCUGUGCAGCAGCUCUGAGGAAGAGAAGUGAGAAAAAUGUGAGACAAACAACCCUGUAGACACUGAGAUCAGUGGAGAAGGAGGGGGAGGAGGUGCUCCAGGUGACAGAGCAGAGAUCCCCCUGCAGCCUGUGAAGAAGACCAUGGUGAAGUUGGUUGUCCCCCUGCAGCCCAUGGAGGACUAUGCUAGAGCAGAUAUCCACCCUGCAGCCCAUGGAGGACCCCAUGCUGGAGCAGGCUCCUGGUGGGAGCUGUGGCUAUAGAGAGGAGACCGCAAAGGAGCGGGUUUUCUGGCACAGCCUGUGACCCCGUGGGGGACCCAUGCUGGAGCACUCUGUUCCUGAUGGACUGUACCCCGUGGAAAGGACCCACACUGGAGUAGUUCUUGAAGGACUGCAUCUCAUGGGAGGGACCUACACUAGAGCAAGGAGCAGCAGAGACAGUGUGUUAUAAACUGAUCCCCAUUCCCCAUCCUCCUGCAGGGCUGGGGGUGGGGAGGAGGAGGUAAAUCUGGGAAGAAGAGGGAUGAGGGGAAGGUGGUAUUAAUUUUGUUUUUAUUUCUCACUGUCCUAUUUUGUUUUUAAUUAGCAGUAAAUUAACUUAAUUUCCCCAAAUCAAGUCUGCUGUGCCCACGACACUAACUGGUGGGUUACCUCCCUGUCCUUAUCUCAACGCACAAGCUUUUUCAUCAUAUUUUCUCCCCUUGUCCUGCUGAGGAGAGGGAGUGAGAGAGCGUCUGGGUGGGCACCUAGCAGCAGCCAAGGUCAACCCACCAUGCAAGGCUUAUUCACUAACAGAGCUAUAACAGGAAAUAGGAUGCUGUAAACAGACUCUGCAUUAUUAAGGCAUUUUAUGCUGAUGAUACAUCUCUGGAUCUUCUGACUUUAAUCUUAUGACUCUGUUCUGAGCUCUGAAAAUUUCAUUUCCACUCAUUCUGGUCUCUCAACUGACAAUAAGUACUGCUGAGCAAACAAAGGUGAGUGCUUUUUGGAUUGAUUUUGUCUGACUGCUGCUGCAGUCCAACAGAAUUUAUAUACCACAGGGUAGUGUUUGUAUCUAGCUGUGCUUGUAUUUGGAAUUUCCAUUCAUGUGUAUGAAAGAGAAACCAUGGACAAACCCCCUGAAAUCUUUUCUGUGUUAGAUUUAUGAUCUCUGAAGUAUACAAACCCCCUCUUCUGUGCAAAAACAAGUGGCCACAUGCAGACCAAUGUGCUUAGUACAUAAAUGUUUUGCUUGUACUCAUUUCAUCUCUUGUGUGAGAGAGGAGUGUUGUGUGGAAAAAAAAAAGAGUGAGCGAGCCGACUACUGAAAAGCUCUGGCCUGGCUGUUUGCCUUUAUCUUCAACUUGCUUGAAAUAGUCAUAGUCACAUCAGGAGGGUUAGAAUCGAACAGCACCAGUUAGUGUAUCAUUAGGGUUGCCUCCUUAAUCAGGCAAGUUAGUGCCUGCAGAGCUAUGAUACCUGCACGAGUGCUGCCUGCCUCCAGGUCUGAAUCUCCACCAGCUGCAUCUGCUCUCAUGGUCUUUAUCAUUGUUCUUGUGUGAUCAACAUGGUGCUAUAUAUAGCAAAAAUAAAAAUGCACACACAUAGGCAAAUAUCUUUAUGCAUAUGUACAUUUCUCUGCCUGUGUGAAGCUUUGACUAUACACAUAAAAAGUUAUGUUUUUUCCUUGAGAAAUUAAUUUCUUAAUAAUUUCCUAUCAACAGAACAUCUCAUUAUAUAUAAAUGUUGUGAAAGACCUUAUUAGACAGAUAGACACACGAGAGAUAAAAUUAA